AAUUAGUAGUUAGUGGGAAUACUAAUUAAAGGAUUUUAUUCAGGGGCCUUCAAGGGAGGAUGCUCAAGAAUGCCAGCAAGAAAAAAAUACGGUUUUUGAGGGUAGAAUUUCAAAAUCACUAAUAAGUCUUUUACAAAUAUACUGUAAAAGAGUUUUAAUUUUAAACCAUCGUUCCCAACUGCUCCAGCUUCCUCUUGAUAGCAGUAGUUCAACUGAAUUAUAAUUCUGGAAACUUAGGAGGCAUGCAAGUACAUGCAGAAUCUUACAGAACUUGAUUAGCAAUAACAAAUAAAUUUCCGACUGUACAUUCAGUGAAAUAGUUCUGUUUGGUCUCUCUUCAGUAACAGAAACAGUGAGGUUAAAAUUUCAAUUACAUGCAGAAAGAUCUCCAAAGUGAUUUAAAGCCCCAGAGUUUGCUCAGCGACAUUGGCACAUCAUGACUAAACUUGACAUUGGUGCAUUUCAGCCCUGCUAAAAAAAGGCAACGUAAUUUUAAUUUGAAUUACUUGCUUAGAGCUGCUCAGUCCCCAGGAGCAUCUGUGUUUUUCCUCAGUGGGACAUGCAUGUUCUAUCAGCUAUCUUCUACCAAGCGUCCUCUAGGAUGAACGAAAUGUUACAAGGCUCUGCAGUAUCAGGAAUGUGCAACAGCACUGGAGGUCCAUGUCUCACAUACCCAGAGUAUCAUUUGACACUGAAUUAAGUAAAAUUUUACUGCUUCUUCGAAACUUUUUUCCUCAUUACUUUUUUGUUUGCAUUAUUCUGUAAUUCUCCAUUCAGCUUUCACCUUUUUUUAUACUUUUAUUCUGGUAGUGUCUUUUUUUUCUACACUCAUACAAACUGAUGUCUGUCGUCUUGUUCAUUUACUUGCCUUCAGAAAUGCUGCUUCAAUAUUGCUGUAAUUCAUAAAUCUGUAUUGAGCUCAACAUUGAGUUCUUUGCAAGACUGGCUGCACUGGAGCCUUGUCCAAUACUUAAUAUCCAGGUGCUUGUAUCAAAGCAUUUCGUUUUGGUCUUAGACCUGAGGCAUCAUCACGCCAGACAUGCAGAAAAAACACAAAGCAACAGGUUGGCAGCUCUUGCAAGUUGUCAUUCCCAUUUUUGUUUUGUGUAUGUGUGCAUACAUAGAGAGAAACAGAUUAAAAAGACAUUAAAUUUAGAUACAAUACAGUCAUAAUCAGUAGUUUGUAUAUAAUAUUCCCAGCCCUGGGAAUAAGGAAAUUUUCAAAGCAUUUUGUAUGUAUAACAACAUUCUUGGAAUCUUAAGCACAGGUAGCAGAAGCUGCAAGAAAACUUUCUUGUAGAAUUUAUAUCUCAUGGCCUUUAUUUUACAUUUAACGUACUGGAGUAAUACAAUUGUAUGAAACAAGUUUUCAGAGCCUGUAUUAAUUCAUAUCCAUACACAAUCAUUUAUAUCAGGAUUCUAUAACAGUUGCAACAGUAUCGAAUAGUAACAGUGAUUACUCAUGUUUCCUACUUUCCCCUACAUUUCCUUGAACAACCAAAACCUACUAUCUAGGUCUUCUGGUUGCAAAGAUGCACUUUGUUCCUGCUUCAUGCUGCCUUAUUCAGACGGUAGGGUAAGAUCUGCCAGUCUUGCCACAGUGAAUCUAGGUGUGAUUUAAGUUACUGUCUUUUCUAGCUCUCCGAAAGCCGUGGGUGAGGCUGGUGAUUGCAGUUCUUAUCAAUGAUUUGGGCUUACUAGGAAUAUCUACAGGAGCCUUCUUUACUUGCAUACAAAUGGAGAACGCUUAGUUUAAACCAUGAAUGAAGAUGUGCUUAAAUGAACCUAUGCCAACUGGAUAGGCGCGCUUAGAUGAUCUAUUACAGUCCAAGCAGUACACAUUUUUUCAAUUUGAUUGUUUAUUUCUCAGAUUUUUAUUGUAAGGUAUUUGUUUGAUUACUCGGGAAUGAAGUCAGAUGCUUAAAUAAGAGAGAGUCUCUAUAAAACAAUACAAAAUGGAGACACAACUAUCAAUUGUUUUGAAAAAAACCAUUUUUUAAAACCUGUGAAUAUUAAGAGUUGGAAAAAGCUAUGGCCUUUAAAGAUAAAUAUAUUUGUGUUAAACUAUUAUAGGAUUCUAAUUGUUAAAGUAUAUGCAAUCUGUUUGUUUCAUUUGUUACAGAUGCAUUCCAUACAUCAUGAAGUGUAUCAAUCCACCUUUUUUGUAACUUGCAGAAAGUCAUACUGUAUUUAUAAUGCUUGCUGUCUGAAAGUACAUUCUGAGAUUCUAAUGUCCAAAUUAUUAUUUCACUGACUCUUCUGAACUUUCAUUACAACCACUACUUGGAGAUGAGACACUCCAAAUAUAGAGAUAGCAGGCUGUGCACUAACAAAACACAUGAGAUAAGUAGCAGCAUAUAAGUUCAGAGUCAAGUAAUUCUACUGCACAGUAAUGGGGUAAGCUUGCUCAAAACCUUAGUGUUUUGGUAAUUUCUUAUAUGAAUACUAAUCCUCUAAUAUACUGAUACCUUUAAGAUGCAAAUAAUUUUUUUUUAAUGACUACGGACAUAAGUUGAACUCAUGUAACUUGACCCAUUUGUGACUGAAAGAAUUCAACUUCUAGUCAAAUACCAAAAAAUCUCUGAAGAGUGCCUGUUUGCUAGAUGAUAAAAUCAAGAUAUUAAUUCUGUCAUGCCCUUGGUGAUGUAUUUAUUCUGUCUCACAGAUGGGGAACCAGAAGAACUAGAGGCCAAGGCAUACGCCCAUCUGACAAAGAAAGUCUGUGAUGAAGCCUGAAGUUGAAACUAGACACUGACUCCUGCUAAGUAAAAGGACAGGAAGCAGGCAACAAAAACUGCAGCCUAUGGGUAGGCAGGCAGGCACCUGUUGCCAACUCAGUCUCAUCCCUGCAAGCUUCAAAUUUCUGCAAAACUGCAGGACUGCUGCUGAGACGUGAAAGAACAGCAGUUUCUGGCAUGAUUCCUAUUGCUGAAAGGAUGAAGCAGACAAGAACACAGAAAACGGCACUUAAGAUCAUUCACAAAGUCAUUGAUGAAACCUAGCCGUACUGCAUUCAAUAAGGUCAGCAUGACUAAAGUUGGCAACGGAGACUAAAACUGCAAGAUCACUGCUUCUGGACAUCGAGACCCCUUUUUAUCAUCACUGGGCUAAAAUCACUGUAGUGCAAAUCUUGGAGGACAUAGCCUGCCUAGAAUGAUGAAAGAGCACAGAUGAUACAUAUUUGCAAAGGCUAAGAUACUUCUGCUUGAAGACGUAGCCAAAGAAAUGGGCACUUAUCUCUUUGGAAAGCAAAAAUAAGAAAUGUGCUGAAACAGACGCUAUCAAAGGAGGAUAACAUACAAGCUUUAUCAACUGUAGUGUGAUUAAGAGACCGCUUGCUCUCCCUGUCUCUGGACAACUUAACGCAAUGGAUCACUUAGGGACAGCAGAUGCUGAGGAUGAUUCUGGAUCGCUAACACGUCUUGCUCCUAGUCCUCAUAGCGAAGCAGUUGCACAUGAGUUUCAGGAACUCUCAUUGCAGCCCAGUCAGUAUUUACCCCCUCUCAAUGAACGGAAGAACGUACUUCAGCUAAGGCUACAGCAAAGGCGGACACGAGAACAGCUGGUGGACCAGGGCAUCAUGCCACCUUUGAAAAGUCCAGCUGCAUUCCAUGAGCAGAUAAAGAGCUUGGAACGAGCCAGGACUGAAAAUUUUUUGAAGCACAAGAUUCGUAGCAGACCAGAUCGGUCUGAGCUGGUCAGAAUGCACAUCCUAGAAGAGACAUUUGCAGAGCCUUCACUGCAAGCCACUCAGAUGAAACUGAAGAGAGCUCGGCUGGCAGAUGAUCUGAAUGAGAAGAUUGCUCAGAGGCCUGGCCCUAUGGAACUGGUUGAAAAAAAUAUUCUUCCUGUAGACUCCAGUGUUAAAGAAGCAAUUAUAGCAGUUGGACAAGAGAAUUAUCCUCAAGCUUUGGAUGAUUAUUCAUUUGAUGAAGACAGCAGUGAUGCUCUAUCACCAGAUCAGCCAGCGAGCCAAGAAUCCCAGGGUUCCACAGCUUCCCCUGGUGAGCCAAAAGCCAGUGACUCACCAUCACCAGUAACACCAAAUGCUGCUACUUCAGCACAGGUACUGUGUUAUCCACCUUUAACCUCUCCAGUUCCUGAAUUCCUCAAAACUCCCCCUACAAUCGAGCAGCAUGUUACACGUUCUACUGUUGCAACCACCCUGACCACAAAUACUGUAUCUGCAGCAAAGCCUGGGCCAACAUUAGUAAAGCAAAGCCACCCAAAGAACCCAAAUGAUAAACAUCGGAGCAAGAAAUGCAAAGAACCUAAGCCAAGAGUGAAAAAACUGAAGUACCAUCAAUAUAUUCCACCUGAUCAGAAAGGUGAGAAGAAUGAACCACAGAUGGACUCCAACUAUGCUCGUUUGCUACAGCAACAACAACUGUUUUUGCAGCUGCAGAUCCUGAGCCAACAGCAACAACACUACAACUACCAGACAAUUCUACCUGCACCGCUGAAGCCACUGAGUGACAAACAGAGUAACAAUGGGAAUACGCCACUGAAUACUUUGAACAACAGUACACCAACAUCAGUUGCCAGCUCACCAAGACAGAACAGUAGUACUGCUAGCAGGAAACCAGGACCACUACCUUCGAGCUUGGAUGACUUGAAGGUAGCAGAGCUUAAAAUGGAGUUGAAAUUAAGGGGAUUACCAGUGUCUGGAACAAAAACGGAUCUUAUUGAGCGACUGAAACCCUAUCAAGAUUUGAAUAACAAUGGGGUCACUACUAGUAGCUCUGUUACAGUAACCACUUCUACUGGGGCCACAUGUAACACUGGGGAAGUGACUGUGGCAUUUCCUGUUGCAACACUAAAUAAAACAGUGGUUAAUACUAUGUCUAGCUUUCCUCCAGAAAAAACAUCUACUGGACCUGGCAGCAAAGUAAUAAAUACUGAAAACAUUAGCUCCCCUUUGCCUAUAUCCCCUGCUCCCUCAGAACAAUCUAGUCUAAGCACAGAUGACACUAGCAUGGCAGAUACUUUCACAGAAAUGAUGACUAUGAUGUCACCAUCCCAGUUUUUAAGUACUUCACCGCUAAGAGUGAAUAUGAGUGAUGAUAAUCAGAAUCGUAGCAGUGGAAGUAUCUCAAACAUGGAGUUUGAUGUAGCAGAAAAGGACCGCAAGCUUCAAGAAAAAGAAAAGCAGAUUGAAGAGCUCAAAAGAAAACUGGAACAAGAGCAAAAACUUGUGGAAGUAUUGAAAAUGCAACUUGAGGUUGAAAAACGGGGACAACAGCAACAGUCUCAGACUUCUGGUAACUCAGCUGCUUUGGAUCAGAAGCAAUUCAGUGCUGCUAUCAAAGAUGAAAAAGCUCUUACCGACUGCUCUAGUACGAGUCAAUCUGUGUCUGUGGCUAAUCAUUCUUUAGGACAGUCAGUAUAUACUAGUGGCCAGAAUCCAGUUGCCAAAAAGGCAGUUAUCAUCAAGCAGGAGAUACCUGUGGCCAAAGCUGAAACUCAGAAUGCCAUUUCUCAAUUUUAUGUUAAUCCACAGAGGCAGCCACAAACUGCAGUUGUUGCCCAGCCUCAAGCUUUACUAACAACCCAAGGAGCAGCACAGCUGCUCCUUCCACUAUCUAUCCAGGGACCGAAUUCUACCACUUCAGUGCAGCUACCAGUUGGAAAUAUAAAGUUGCAGGCUCAAUCACAAGCUGGAAUACAGACCCCAUCACAAAUACCUGCUCCUAUUCCCUCAUCUGGCCUGGUCCAGACAGCACCUCAGAUGCAUACUCCACAAUCAAAACAAAAUACCAUCACGCAGCAUGCACUUGGUCAGGCUCAACCAAUCAGAAAGGUUUUUCCACCUACGACAUCAAACACAGUAUUUUCCUAUCAGACUCCACCAGUUACAAUAUCUUCACAAUCUUUUAUUAAUAAAACAUCAAACUCUAACAUUCACACCGGUAGUAACCAGGCUCCAUCUGUGCAGAAUGGACCUGCUACUCCUAGUAAGCCUGGCUCUCCAUCUCAAGCCCAGCCUUACAUUGUUCCACAGUCUCUCUUCAACAACGCAGUUUCCAAGACAAAAGAUCCCCCCCGUUAUGAAGAGGCCAUAAAACAGACCCGCAAUAUUCAAACACCUCACCGCGAGAUUUCCAGUGCGCACAGUCAGCAAAUGGAUGAUCUUUUUGAUAUUCUCAUCAAGAGUGGAGAGAUUUCCCUUCCAAUAAAGGAGGAACCAUCUCCCAUUGCUAAAAUGAGACCAGUUACAGCCAACAUCACUACAAUGCCAGUGAAUACAGUGAUAUCCCGCCCACCACCACAAAUCCAAAUGGCACCUCCUGUGUCCUUAGAACCAACAACCAGCUUGUUAACAAGUUUGGAAAACCAACUUGAAGCUCUCUUGGAUGGAACUUUACCUUCAGGUAAUGAAAUCCCUCAACUGACAAGCAAUAAUGAGGACAGAGAGUCAUUUUCUUUAAUUGAGGACCUUCAGAAUGAUCUGCUUAAUCACUCCGGCAUUUUAGAUCACUCUCAUUCACCCAUGGAAACCUCUGACCCACAGUUUACCACUAAUAAUUCUUGCCUAUCUCUUGAUCUUCCUGACACAAAUUUAGACAAUAUGGAAUGGUUAGACAUUACAAUGCCCAGCUCCUCAUCUGGACUCACUCCUCUCAGUUCUACUGCCCCCAGCGUGUUUUCCACUGACUUUCUAGAUCCACAAGACCUGCAGUUGCACUGGGAUUAAGCUAUAGCCAAUGAGAACACAACCUGCAAAUCUGUUUACAGCAUAGGUCCGUUCUUAACACGAUUCUGGUUGCAGUUGAUAAAAAUUAACAGAAAUGUUUGGAAGAACAAAUGCUUGAAGCUAAUUCCUUACUGAUAUUCAAGUUUACAACAGUGAAUUACUUUAUGCUCUCUAUGCGCCUAUCAUUAAUGCAGAUCAGGGCCCUCUGAAAGCUGUAUUUCGCAAGUCAAAGGAUGAUUGUACUUACGGAUUAAAAGUACCCCAAGGAAAAUGCAUCACGAAUGUAUAAGAAAGAAAUAGUAUUACUGACUUUGUAAUGCUUAAACAAAUGACACAACAUAGCUAAUCUAUGAUAAGGUAAGAAAAAUAACGGAGAUUUCAACACUCGGUAUUGACACAGUGAGCAGAUGUUAUUUGGGGGAAGGUGAGAUAUCACUGCACUUCAUUGUUCCUGUGGAUAGCCUGAGCCAGGUUCAAAAUAAAUUGCGAGGGCAAAGGCAAGUAGAAGCACUGGCUGGUUCAGUGAAAUUUCAUGUAUCUAGUCUCUUAAUUUGUUCAAGUUGUUUUUAUAUUUUGGUUUUGUGGUUUUUAAAACUCUUCCCCCAUUCUUUAAUGCUGAGGGAAGAAUUUAACUGCAUCCGAAGGGAUAUUAACUGUAACUGCAAGAAAUCCACUGUAGCUAGGCCAGGUAACAUUGAGAACACUGAAUUUUUCCUAUAUCAAUGCUCUGGACUUAAUAGCUAGGUUUUAAUGUGUAUAUCAGACAGUUAUUUGUAUACUCUUUCAACUUUGUAUAGCUUAUUUUUUUGUGAACAGAGGGGAACAGUGGUCUUCAAAAAAAUUAAGAGAUUUGGAAAUAAUAAAGAGCCUAUUUUAAUUUGUGCUUGAGGAUAUUAUUAGAUUAUUGAAUCUAGUAUCUCAGCAUAUUAAAACAUUUUGAGGAAGCAGAAAAAUGUAAUAAUCCUGGUGCGCAUUCUGAUCUUGCAAACAUCUGUGUAAGAAUAGUCCCAAUGACCUCAGUAAAAGAUCUUUGUAGGAUCAGGCCCAGAGUUGCAGGCGACAGUACUGACAGAACAACCAUCAUUUCUUAAUGAAUACUCUAUCUAUCUACUCAACAACUUUGUCUACCACUACUUAACACAACGGAAGCUGCUCAAUAAGAACCCUAAACAGCCCUUACUGAAAAACUAUAAAAGGUAAAUAAGGAGUAUCAACAUACGCUGUUCAGGCCUAUUUCACAUUUGGAACAGAUAAUAGCAAAAAUUAAGUUCUUACAGCACAGCAUGUGAAAAUAAUAUAUAAUAUCUUUUUCAGUGGCUAUUAUGAAGGUAGUCAGAAAAAACAAACAAAAAUGCAAAUAGGAGUAAAAUACCUUGAAAUUCUGUAACUGUGUCGCAGCUGUGUAGCUGUGAUAGUGGUUAAAUAUUGCUAGAGAAAAACGUAUGCUGAUAAUCAAACAUAAAAUAGGAAUUACUUCCCAUUAGGGAAUUUCUAAAUUAAGAUAAAAGGAAAUUUAGGUUUCCUUUUUCCUUCAUAAUGGAAAUAUGAUGUGUUUUCUAGUC